UUGGCUACCUGGUUAUCUUAUCUAAGUACUGCGACUGCCAACUUGGACACUAAAGUAUACGCAAUCUUUGCUCGCAUUGCUGGCUCAUCAGUCAACCCCAUGAGUUGGUUUCCCCCCUAACAUAAAGCUCAAAUAAUAAGUAUUAUUAACAAUUAAUUAAUUCGCGACAAUGCAUUAGAGACACACACACACAACGAAACAAUCACAACAACCAAUCAAACUGAGUCAAAAUAAACCAUGUCGAAUUUAUGGGGCAAAUGUGUGAUCAAGUUCUUUAAAUACGCACCCAGCUAUGUGGUUUGCUUGUGCUUUCUGCCCGCUGGCUUCAUCUUUGGCUACACGAUUUGUGCGUUCAUCGCUGAGCGACAUCUCGAUGCCAAUCUCAUUGACUAUGGACCCUUGAUCUUGGGCGCUAGCUUGACUCUGUUCGCAGCUCUUUGCUUUCUGCUGCUCAAGUAUCUGAAGAAAUGCAUCAUCUACUGGCAGCCACUGUUGCUCAUUGGCACUGGAGUCUUCAAUCUGAUUGCCAGCUGCUUCUACUUUGCCGAUGGAUAUGAUCACGUGGGCGCCUAUAUGUCGUAUGUGGCGCACAGUCUGACCUUCGUUGCCGGCUAUGGAUUCCUGCUCACGAUCAGCUCAAAGGACAGUCGCGCUCUGCUCAUCUCCGGCUGCUGCAGCUGCUAUCUGAUGGGCAUGGCCUCGGCUGUGAGUUUGAUUGGCGCUGCCUAUGUGCAGAAUCUGGAGGAGAACGCGGGACAAACGGUGACGCCGGAGCAGGCCAUCGAUGGCAUCUAUGUGAACUUUGCUGCCACAUAUCUGUCCAUCUCGGCCGUGAUGCUGGCCAUCGUCAUUGGCCUUAAAGUGCUCCAUGUCCUGGGCACUGUGGACACCAGCAAUAGUCUGGACAAUGACCUGCGCAUUGCCAAUGCCAAUGGCAGCAUAUUUGAGCCGCGUGCCGAUGUCAUCAAGCGGCUGCAGUUCUUCUACGUGACCAAGAAUCAGCAGUGGCACGUCACGUUCCUGCUCCUCUUCACCGAGGCCAUUCAAUUCGCUCUGUUCAUCUAUUUGGUCUUCUGGUUUGCGUUGAACGAUGCCGUGCGCUUGAAUGAUUUGGCCCAUGUGGAUGCCAUGUUUUGGGUGAUCUUCGGGGGCAGCGUCUUGGCGCUCAUUUGUCUGCGCUUCGUCUCCGCCAAGGUGCAAUUUGUGAGCACACAGCUGCUGAUGCUGCUGAUCACGGUGCUGGGCAUGAUCAUCUAUGGGACGACGGGGUCGAAAGUGACAUUCUGGUUUCUGCUCGUGCUCUUCGGCCUCGCGUAUUCCAGCCAGCAGAUUGUGCUGCUCGAGGUGACGCAUCUGCGCUUCACGGAGUGCAUCAUCUUUGCCUCCUACACGCUCAAGUUGGUCAGCACCAGUGUGGUGUAUUAUUAUUUUGUGGCCAACACGAGCAACUCGUAUUUCUAUGCCCGCGAUGAGAACACGCUGAUGGCCCAGGGAUUUGUGUUCAUGAUCAUCACGGCCCUGGUCGCGUUGGUGGUGGGCAUGAAGGUGCCGCGGACGCAUCGCAUCAAGUUGCUGGACAUACAGUAUGAGGUGUAUGGCAUUAUCUUCAUGAAACAUCAGAUUGAGCAGCUAAAUGUGCGUUGGCUUAACGAUGGCACCAUACCGACCAUUAGCCAAUGAUCGGCAUUGCAUUGAGUUGUUAUUUGUGU